AUGGACGGAGUCUCUCUUUUAAAUCAAUAUCUACCAUCAUGGACACCUACUUCCUUGCCAACUUCCACAAGUAUUAGCACCAUAAAUCCUACAAACACUGCUGGUCUAGCGUUGACAUUACUUGAGUUACAGAAUGCUAUACAAACAGAAACAAAUACAAUCUCCUUAUAUUUUCUUUCACGAGCAGCAAGAGGGGUUGCUGCUAGUUAUACUAUCAUCAGUGGUCAACAGUAUUUGGCAACUGCCACUGCCACACAAGACUUCCCUGAGGUCACGUCAGCAAUGGUGAAUGCCACAUUAAGUUUAAAACAAUUAGAAUGGAAGGCUAAUUUAUAUGCUAUUAAUCUUUCAGUACCAUUUAAUGCAUUUUUUGCUGCCAUGUUUGGAGUUACGUUAAUUUGCCUUUUGGGCAUUGGGUUCUCAACAAAAACAAAGUAUUUUACUAUUUGUUUAGCUUGUGGAACUAUCUUGGAAGUUAUUGGCUAUGUUGCAAGAACUUUAGCCCAUUAUUCUUGGUCGGAUCCCAAUUUAUUUUUGUGUCAGAUUGUUAGUUUGACGGUUGCCCCAGCAUUUAUUAUGGCUGGAGUUUAUUAUUUAUUAUCGCAAAUGAUCAUUAUUCAUGGAGAACAGUAUGCCAUAUUGAAACCAAUUAUGGUAUCGAUUAUCUUUAUAUUCUGUGAUGUUGUGAGUUUAUUUGUUCAAGCAAGUGGGGGUGCUGCUGCUGCCGUUUCAUUACGACUGUUUAAAGAUACUGAAUUAGGUACCUAUAUUAUGGUUGGUGGAAUUGGAUUCCAAGUUGUAUCAAUGACUUUGUUUCUAUAUUUCCUAUUUGAUUUUGUUUAUCGAUCAUUUUUCACAGCCAAUUCCAAUAUCAAAUAUUCUUUCAGCACAUAUUGUCUGUUGCUUUUCAAUACCAAAAAGGGAAGACUAUUACGCCAAGACUUGGAACCAUUCUAUGAUGUUGGCUACAAACAUAUAAGACAACGGAGUUUAUUCAACUAUAUGCCGUUGGUUAUAAUUAUAUCUGUUGGAUUUAUUUACAUACGAUGCAUCUACAGAGUGAUUGAACUAAGUGAAGGCUGGCGAGGGUAUUUGAUAACUCACGAGGAAUACAUUUUUGCAUUAGAUGCAUUGAUGGUACUUCUCACCUGUAUCACAUAUGUGUUUUUCCAUCCUGGUUUGGUGUUUGGUAAGCAGAUGACAGCACAAAUAUCCGUCUCUGCAAAUAAAAGUGAAAGUGCUGCCGAUCAUGAAAGCCAUUGUGGCAAUUCAAGGAUGUAUAACUAUUCUAAGAACCAUUCUAACUCACCACAGAGUUCUCAUGAUGAAAAGUUCAUAAUGGAUCAGAGACAAAAGUAUUACAAUCCCUAUUUUUUACCAACAAAAUUUUCUCAAUACAACUCCCACUCGUGCCCUUCUUCUGAAACAUAUACGUAUUCCUCAUAUAAUUCAAAACUAGAAACUAAAUCAGAGAGUUCAUGGCAAAAUAGCUAA